AUGGCUUUCUUCACGCCCCAGUUCCAGAUCGUUUCUGAUCUCCAUCUCGAGACGCCACUCACAGCGCCACAAUACGCUUCCUUCCGUUUCAGUGUCCAAGCCGAUAAUUUGUUACUGCUUGGCGAUAUCGGCCUCGUCGUAGACGCAGGGCUCUUCCAAUUCCUACGCCGUAUCCUCGAACAAAAUAGAGGAUGCUCUAUAUUCUACGUACUGGGGAACCACGAACCCUAUCGAACAACAUACGAGCACGCACACAAACUCCUGCGCGACUUUGAAAUGGAGGCUAAAAAUGAUUUCGGCGGUCGCUUCAAGUUUCUGUGUCGCAAUCGCUACGAUCUCAACGAAACCAUCACAAUCCUAGGCUGUACGUUAUGGUCUGCCGUGCAGCAAGACCAAGAAUCGGACAUUGCGUCUCGCUCGACGGAUCUAAACAGUGAACGUGGUAUUCAGCAGUGGUCCCUAGAUCAGCAUCGAGAGGAACACCAAAAAGAUCUUGCAUGGUUAAAUUCUCAAGUAUCUACAAUCGAGGAACAUGAGCCCCAUCGUCAAAUCGUAAUUGCGACGCAUUACAGUCCGACAGUGGAUCCGAGAGCCAACGAUCCAAGGCAUGAGGGAAGUUCAGUGUCGAGCAAUUUUGUUACGGAUUUGUCCGGAGAGUCGUGUUGGCUGUCCCCGAUGGUGAAGCUCUGGGCUUUCGGGCACAUGCAUUACAGCUGCUGUUUCCGUGACGAAGCGACUGGGAAGCUUGUUGUUGCGAACCAGAGAGGGUACGCAGGACUCGGGGCAGGAAGGAAGAAACCAGGAAUAAAAGUGAAGGUGGUGGAGGCGGGAAAGGAGGGAUGGGAAGUGGUUGAGAAGAGAAGGAGUGAAGAGGAGCAGAUACAAACGAAGAAUGCUGAAGCUGAGAUACCAGUAGACAAGGCUGGUCCAACGAUAAAUGUAGAUAAGCCCAAAGUUUCAAUUCUGCAUCGAGUAAGCAAGAGGGUACAAUGUUUUAGGGGAUUAAAGCGGAAAAGUUCAUAG